GUCGCCGUGUGGCGUUUUUUAAACAACCAAAGCAUAUUUUAGCUGUCGUAUCGUUAUUUGUUGUCUGUUUUCAAACCCCCAAUUGAUGUGUGACUCGGUGGAAGUAAAAGUGUAGUAAUUAGCAACAUCUUUACAGUGAUACCUUCUUGCCAAUGUCACGGACCGAACUGUACCUGGCGUUGUGUUUGAUCGAUGCAAUCGAAGAUGCAAGUCUGGACGCCAUGCGCCUGUUGCUUACAAAACACAAGGCGAACCCUAAUACGAUGCUGGUGGAGAAGGACGUCGCACCGAUGCACCUCGUCGUUGGAGCCGAGGAGCUUGUUUUUGCGGAAAAAGCCACGGAUCUAAUGCUGCAACAUGGUGGUGAUCCCAAUUUGCCGACGGUGGAUCAGCUGCUGACGCCAUUGCAUGCAGCGGCCAGUAUAGGGCGAGUCGGGGUCGUUCGGUUGCUGCUGAAGGCCGGUGGCAAUGUCGAACAGUUGGACGAGGACGAUAGGACACCGAUUCAGCAUGCGAUCGAGGAGGGCCAUUUCGCCGUGGUUCGGUUGAUACAGGAUCAUGUGUUUGAGAGAAAGAUUGAAAAAAAGCGAAAACAAUUGUUGCUCGAACAGCAGCAGCAGCAGAACAACCACAACUCGGGACAUACGGUUCUAUCACCAAGUGUGCUACACAUGAAAUCUUUCGGUGGAUUUCUUCCCAAUACGCAAUCGACCCGGUUGCAAGCAAGCACCGUUUCCGCUCUACAGAUGCUCGAGGAACGUUCGUUAACUCCGAACAAAAUACACUACAAUUUCGAUGUGACCAGUCCGUAUUACGUGAACAUAACGCACAGGCGAAAAGAUCGACACAAACCGCUUAAAAACAGUCCCGUUUCCCAAGAACUUUUCCCGGUUGAACCUGAUGCCCCGGAUCAAGAGAACGUUUGCCCAUCGUUGGUGGAAACGGUCCAGCAGGAGGAAGCGUUGGAAAAGGAGGAAGAAACGGUGAUCGAGAAACGGACAAAUCUGUUCGAACUUACCGAGCGUAAUUUGGAAAAUUUCACUCGAAACGACGAAACGAUUGGACGGCGCACUUCGUUCAUCGAGAGUUGGCGAGAAAAGAUAGCGGACAUACGGGACCGGGGUAGUGUCAGCCGGCGGCUCGAUGACAUCGACCGGAUUCUGAACAGUUUUUCAGAGUCCAAGCACGCCUCGUUCGCGGACGAGAUGGAGGAAACAUUCGUGACGGCCGCGGAAGAGCUGGAGAAGGAAACUGUGAUAAUACAGCUGAGUGAAGAGUACCUUCACACGGACGACGAGGCGGGCGUUGUGUUUAGAGAGAAGAAAAUGACGACGGCUCCGGUAUUUGCCGUGCCUGCGGUUCCCAUUCCGAAGCUGCAGGUUAUUUCCGAGACCGGACAGCUGAUCUUCGACCAGUCGCUGGAGGCUAGGAACGGCCGGACCGGACCUCCUCCGUCUGUUGUCAUAAAUCAAUCACUUACGAGCCAAUCGACGGCAGUGACCUUGCCACCCAUGGACUACGAUACCGACGUGCUGCGAGCGGAGCUGACCAACUACGGCGAACCGCCCGGUCCGAUUACGAAGCACACGAAAAAGCUUUACCUGAGGAAGCUUAUCAAAUUUCGUCGCCAUCCGGAGCGGUUAGCAGCGGCCAGCGCCAAAGGAUCCAACACCGCCAUACCCAAUUAUUCCGUUGAACUCAUGGCUACGGUACGCAAGGAAGAGGCUUUCCAGAACAUCGUCGACCAGCAGAGCCUAGAGCACGAGAUGACCACCGAGUUCCUGUCGAACAACUCCAAAGCGGUACGCAACUUCCGCGAGGGCCACUUGAAAAAGAGCUUCAUCUAUCUUCUGCUCGAUCCGCGCGUUAGCGAUAAUUUGCCGGCGCAGCAGAAACAUCUGACCCCGCACGAUCUUUGGAAGCGCUUUCUGAGCUCGAUCUUUUACGUCGGGAAGGGCAAAAGUAGCCGCCCGUACUGUCACCUGUACGAUGCAAUGAAACUUUACCACCAGCGGGAUAUCGCCACGACCGGGGAACGUAACAAUGUCGAGGGAGAAAAUAUUUCGGCGGGCGGCAAUUUGAUGGUGGAGGAGGAGAAGAUUAUCUUCGAAAGCAGCGAAGAACGGAACCCGCGUGGCGAGCAGCAGCAGCAGCAACAGCACAUCCGUCGAUACUGCUCGUCGAGGAUCGUCAACCGGACGCAGUUGGCAGCGGACAGCCAGAAGCUGAACCGUAUCAUCGACGUGUGGUGCGCCGGAAAGGGGGUCGUGUGUCUGCACGUGUUCCACAACAUCAUGCCGGCGGAGGCGUACACGCGCGAGGCGGCCAUCAUCGAUGCGCUCGGUUUGCAGUGUUUGACCAACCUUAAGCGGGGAGACUACUACGGUCAGUGUGUGGCCUGGCCGAUGAAGAAGCGUAAACUGUUGGGCAUUCUGCUGCUCUACAAAGCGAUGCUGAUGUUUUUGGCCGAAGGCGAAACUCAGCUACUGCCAAGUGACUUAAUUUAGAGACCGGUUCGAUGUUGUUCCACCGUUUAGUUUAACGUUUUGUGAUAGUUCCUUACAUCUUGCGUACUUGCCAAACCUGCCCUUCUCUUUUCGUUUGUCUAUUUUACCAAAUAAACCAACUA